AGCUCUCCAGGUCACCCGCUAAUGUAUUGUAAAUGUCGCCUCACCCAUCAAUUUAUCUCUCCUGUGAAAUCUAAUCAUGCGGCAGAUACGCGAACUAAAAUAGGCGAAGAAUUCAGCCUCUGCAUAUCUGUCGCGAGGGCGUCACCCUAAGCUGAAGCUACCGAUAUUCGUAUAAUGUGGGAGCCUUACAGGCUAAAGUACAUCACUGUUUAUCGCUAAUUGUGUACUAUCACUGUUCAGCAGACGGCGCGGGUAGGCCGCGGAGGCAAGCAGCAGCUUGAAGAAUCUGACCGCACAUAGGUUUCUUUACUAGUGUCCACGUGGCGAUAGUUUAUUUGGCACAGCGCACUGGCCGGCACGAUCGACGGAUAGCGCCUACGUAGGAUUUAGGAACGACGUGCACCGCUCGUCGGUUUUUGAGGCGCGUUGAUCAGCAAAGUGCAGCCUUUCCUGUUGUAGCAUCUGCGGUCGAGGAGAGAACAGCCCGUCAACAUUUCGUCAAGAUCCCGUCAACAUCCCGUCAACAUCCCGUCAACAUCCCGUCAACAUCCCGUCAACAUCCCGUCAUCAUUCAAUUGUAGCGACCGUGUGGGAUGAUCAGCGGUGUGUCACAUUUACACUCGCUGUAGUCACACAUAACCUCUUCACUCCUCGCCUGAUCCGCCUACUCACACUCCCCAUCGCAUAGCCCGCAGCACGGGUAGAUGAGCGAUGAAGCCGAGUGGUAACCCGCUCAGCCUCAACAUCGGAUCCUCCUUCGCCACGUCGUCAACCGCUCGCCCGGCCGCCACAUUCCGGUCGCGGCCGUUCCCAGGAGCUUCCGCCACAUUCUCCUCUUUCCUUUCCCACUCAUCCUUCUCAUUCCCCUCCCUGCCCCCCUCCUUCCCACGCUCCCUCUGGCCCUUCUCCUCCUCCCUUCCCGCUUCCUCAUUUUCCGCCCCCCAUUCCUCCUUCCACCCCUCCUUCCCCUCCCGGCCGUCCCACUCCCUUCCCUUCUCCUUCUCCCCCAUCUCCGUCUCCCUACCGAAGCUCCUCCUCUCUCUCAUCCUCUUCUCCCUCCUCCUCCUGCUCGCCCCCCUCCCCAAGUGGCCCAAACGCUUCCACUCGCCUUUCUCCGUCAUCCCCCCUCCCCCCGACGGCCUCUCCUUCCUCCCCUCGCGCUGCCCGGCCGCCUGCUCGCGCCACGGCUCCUGCAACGAGGAGGCGGGUAGAUGCGACUGUUUACCCGGGUACACGGGGGUGGAUUGCACGGAGCUGGGGUUACCCUCGUGCCGGUACUCGUGGGGGGUGGAGAUCCCGUGCUUCCUGCCGUCGUCGUGUGACUGCGCUCUCGAGUGCGAGCGCUUCUUCCUGCCGCAUGACGAGUACUGCUUCCCCAAUAACGGCACGUUGUGGAAGGAGCGGACGAUCGGAGCCAUCGUGACGCGCAUGCCCCUGCACCUGCAGACCGACGGCAACGGCACUGAAACGGGGCCCAGAGAACCCUUCAGUAUAGGCACACCCACAGACACCCACAGCGACAGCAGCAGCAGCAGCAAUGGGCCUGCGGUCCACCCAGCAGCGGCGAUCACGGCGUCGCCGCUGCUCUUCCCGUCCGUGCCCCUCCCCGCCCACCCCUUCCCCUGGCUCGUGCCUCUCAACAACUGCCCCAACUACUGCUCCGGCCGCGGCCUCUGUGAUGCCACCUACUGGGAGUGCAGGUGCCCCUGGUACCACGACGGCAGCGGCUGUGAGGACGACAGCUACUCAGUGGCGUGUCUCAACGAGUGCUCCCAGCGGGGCGACUGCGAGGGGGGCGUGUGCCAGUGCCAGGCGGGCUUCUUUGGCGCCGACUGCUCGCUAUACUACAACGAGGAGCUGCGGUUAAGGAGGCUCCCUGGGUCGCCUUUUCCCUGGGCCGACCUACCAGAGAUCGACACGUUCACAGCAGCAUCUUCACCAGUCCCAUCAUUAUCAGUAUCAUCCCCAUCAGCAGCAGCAGCAGCAGCAGGAAGCCAGCUUCCACUGUCGCUCCAAAACCAGCCGCAGCAACCAGGGCAAGAGCAACAAACCCUGGAACAACCACCGGCCCAGCAGGCACCACAGCAGGAGCAGCAGCAGAAUCAAGUGGGAGCAGUAACAACAGCGGCAGCAGGAGCAGCAGGAGCAGCCGCUGCAGCAGCGGCAAGGCUGAAGGUCUACGUGUACGAGCUGCCCCCGCACUUUAACACGUGGCAGAUGCAGCACUCGCCGUACAUCGACCACCCCGAGGCCCUCUGGUUCUGGGAGCGGCUGCUGGCCAGCUGCCACCGCACCAUCGACCCCCGCGAAGCCGACUUCUUCUACGUACCGCUCUUGAUCCGCAACCGUGACAGUGGAAAACAGCGACUAAUUUCGGAAGCAAUUUCCUUUAUUCGCUCCCUCGGCCCCUUCUGGGACGCCAAGGGGGGCGCAGACCACAUUUUCCUUGUAAGCGAGGAGUUCGGCAAGUGCGGGUUGGAGCACUACGGGGAAGAGGACCCCCGGCUAGCGUCCGCAAUCACCCUGACCCCGUGGGGGUAUACUCGGAACAUGCUCAGGAUGGCAGAGGGCGGGCCGUGCUUCCGGCCCGGGCAGGAUAUAGUGAUCCCACCCUCGGCCCACCUGAGGUUCUUAUCGAAUGUGACUAUGGUGAGGGAGGCAGGCGGGCUGCCGGGAUUGGUCAGGGAGAAUGUUAGGGAUGGGGAGCAGCAGCAGCAGCAGGAGGGGCAUCACGAGGGGCAGCAGGGGGAGGGGAGCAGUGAGCAGGGGCAGCUAGGAAAGGAACGGCAGUACCUUUUGUAUGUGAGGGGGCUGAAUGUGAGCGAUGACAGUGGAGGGUGGGGCGAGGAGACCCAGCACGAGGGGCAGGAGCAGCAGGAGCAGCAGGGGGAACAGCAGGAGCAGCAGCAGAGGGAGCAGCAGCAGAGGGAGCAGCAUCAUGGGGAGCCGCCGUUCAGCUUUGGCGUGCGGCAGCGGGUGUUUGAGCUGUACGCGGGGCGGGACGGGGAGACGGGCUUUAAGGUGGAGGUGGUGCCGGAGGGUGGCGACGAGCUGGCGUAUGGCGGCAUGCAGGAGAGCGUGUUCUGCCUCGCCACGGCGGGGCAUGGCUGGCAUGCAUCGCUCGCCAUGGCUGUCAUGGCGGGCUGCGUGCCAGUUGUCAUUCAGCCGGAUGUGCUGCUUCCCUUUGAGGGAGAUGGGGUGGAUUGGAGCCUGCUCUCGUACCGACUGAGCAUCCGCGACAUCCCUCAACUGCACGAGCGCCUUCAGGCCAUUCCACCGGAAGACAUUGAGGUCAAGCAAAAGCGCCUGCAACAGCUCUGGCCGCUUUUUAUUUGGUCAGCUCCGCAGUUCAACCCGGUUGAUUUUCUGCCAGAAGGGGCUCAGAUGCUUGUCACGAAAGUGCUUGCGCAGUAUGAUGCGUUCAGUGCAGUUAUGUUUGCGUUGGCUAGAAGGGUAGGGAAAGCAGGAGGGAGGGACUCGCUCGUGGACUGGUACAAGGAUGGGGAAACAGGAGAGUUGCAACAUAUGAGCUGAAAGCUCAAUUAUAGAUGUGGGUAUAUUGGGUGCCCAUUUUCAUGAGGUGAGUUCAAGGAACAUUCUUUGUCAAAUU